UUUCGACUGCAAUUCUUAUUGUUCUUAUACUUAUUUAUCAUCGUUUAGAUUUAUCUCUCUAUUGUAUUGAUCAUUCAUUCAACGAUUGGCGCGUUGGAUUAACAAAUAAAAGAAUAUUUCAAAUUGUACUUGAAGUUGUUAUUUGUGCUGUUCACCCUGUCGUACGGUCGUUUCCUAAUUACGAGCAGAUAAUCAUAGAAACAUCAGAUUCAACUUCAACUGAACCAACUCCUUAUCCUUAUUCUCAUGUAGAUAUUGAUGUUGCACUUGGUAUACCAAUGUUUGCUCGUCUUUAUUUAUUAUGUCGUGUUAUUUUAUAUCAUUCUCAUUUGUUUCAUGAUGCGGCAUCUCAAUCAAUUGGUUAUCUUAGUACAGUAUCAUUCGAUUUUCUCUUUGUUAUUAAAACUUAUCUUAAACGAUGGCCAGAACGUUGCUUAUUGAUCUGGUGUACGCUUAUAUUUUUUGUUGGAGGUUGGUCUUUUCGUGCUUGUGAGUAUGAACCUACUCAUGAACAUGCUCCACUAACCGAUGCCAUGUGGUUAUUCGUUCCAAUAUUCGGUACUGUUGGGUAUUCAAAUUUGGCGGCAGCAACUCACUGCGGUAGAGUUACACGGAAAUUAAUGCUGAGUCGAUGGGAAAACUAUGUGCAUACUUUUGUUUUAAAUACUGAAUUAGUUAAAGAACAUAAAAAUCAAGCAGCAAAUGUUAUUAAAUUUGCAUGGAAACUAUGGUUUUGGAAAAAAAGAAAUACACCAUUAUCGUCGAUGCGAUAUCUUCAAAUGCAAAGAAAAUUAUUCCGAUCAAUAGGUAUUAUUCAUCAAAUUAAACGAAAGCAACUAUGUUUAACAGACGACAUUAUUGAUCUAACUGACAUAAUGACUAUCCAGCGUAGUACAGGUGUUAAUACAAAUGAAACAAUACAAGAUUUGACAGAAUUGGAAUUGAAAAUGGAUAAAAUUCAAGAACAACUUGCAAAUUUGAAUUAUGCAUUGAAUAAUUCAAAAGAUGUAGUUUAUUUUUCUUUAUAA